AUGCCUUUCACCAAAGAAGUCAAGAACUCGCCGUACUUCUCGCGCUUCCAGACCAAGUACAAGCGCAGACGGGCUGGUAAGACCGACUACUAUGCUCGUAAGCGAUUGAUCGCCCAGGCCAAGAACAAGUACAAUGCCCCCAAGUACCGACUGGUUGUGCGCUUCACCAACCGCGACAUCAUCUGCCAACUGAUCACGGCCGAACUCUCGGGAGACAAGGUCUUUUGCUCCGCCUACGCACACGAGCUCAAGAGAUAUGGAAUCCAGAACGGCCUGACCAACUGGUCUGCGGCUUACGCCACUGGUCUGUUGCUCGCUCGUCGUGCCCUCAAGAAGCUCGGUCUCGACGAGGAAUUCACCGGGGUUGAAGAGGCGGAUGGCGAGUACAAGCUCACCGAGGCUGCCGAGGUUGACGGAGAGGAGCGUCGUCCUUUCAAGGCCUUCCUCGACGUGGGUCUUCACCGAACCUCGACCGGCGCCCGUGUCUUUGGUGCCAUGAAGGGUGCCUCGGACGGUGGCAUCUUCAUCCCACACAACGAGAAGCGAUUCCCCGGCUACGACCAAGAGUCCAAGGAACUCGACGCCGACACUCUCCGCCGAUACAUCUUCGGUGGGCACGUCGCCGAGUACAUGGAGACCUUGGCCGACGACGACGAGGAACGCUACAAGUCCCAGUUCGUCAAGUACAUUGACAACGACGUCGAGGCCGAUGGUCUGGAGGAGCUGUACAGCGAGGCCCACGCUGCCAUCCGCGAAGACCCUUUCAAGAAGGACGAAGACGAGGGUGAGAAGAAGGACAAGGCUUACUGGAAGGCCGAGGGCAAGAAGCACAAGGUCUCCAAGUUGUCCAAGGAGGAGAAGGAGCAGAGAAUCAAGGAGAAGAUUGCUGCACUUGCGCAGUAG